AUGCACCUGUGUGUGUGUGUGUGUGUGUGUGUGUGGAGAUGAGCAGAUGAUUGUCGGUGUGUGUUGAUCUGAUCGGUGUGUAAAGAUGAAGAAGCAGCAGCAGAAGGGUGUCCGCGGGCUGGCGGAUAAAGUGCGCAGGUCUAAAGCGGCCCCGGAGAUCCAGCGGAACCCGUUCGAGGUCAAAAUCAACCGGAAGAAGUUCGAUGUUCUGGGCCGCAAGAGCAAACAUGAUGUGGGUCUGCCGGGGGUCUCCAGAUCCAGAGCCAACCAGAAGCGUCUUCACGACAGGAGAGAUGUGUUUAACCUGAAUGAGGAUGAGCAGCUCACUCAUUACGGUCAGUCACUGGCGGAGCUGGAGAAGAUGCCGGAUCUGCAGGACUCUGACAGCGACUCAGAGGAGAAGGGCCUUCUGUCAGCUGAACUGACGGCCACACACUUCGGUGGUGGAGGAGGUCUGCUGAGGAAGAAGAGUUCAGCAGACGGAGAUGAAGAACAGAAACCCAGAUCCAGACAGCAGCUAAUCGAGGAGCUCAUCCUCAAGUCCAAACAGGAGAAGCGUGAGCGUCAGACGCAGAAGGAGGAGGCGCAGGAGCUCACAGAGAAGCUGGACCAGCAGUGGAGAGACAUCCAGAGCCUUCUGGCCCACAAGACCCCCAAAGCAGAGCGCAGAGAGCAGCCCGACAAACCACAGCUGGACCCGUAUGAUAUGGCGGUGCGUGAGCUGGGCUUCGAGAUGAAAGCUCAGCCCUCAGAGAAGCUGAAGAGUGCAGAAGAAGAGGCCAGAGAGCAACAGCGCCGCCUGCAGGACCUGGAGGCCGACAGACUGAAGAGGAUGAUGGGAGAGUCAGAGGCGUCCGCUCACACACACACACACAUCUCUGCUGACGACAUUAAUGAUGGAUUCAUACUGGAUGGAGACAAGCGCAACACACUCGCAUACAAGGACGGGAAGUGGAGCAUGGGGGCUGAGGAAGAGGAGGAGGAGGAGGAAGAUGAAGCAGCAGCCAGUGGAGGAGGAGAGGAGGAGGAGGAGGAGGAGGAAGAUAAAGAUGCUGAAGGAGAAGAGGAGGAGGAGGAAGAUGGUGAAGAUGAUGGUGAUCUUCAGUCUGAGGGUGCUGAGGAUGAUGAUGGUGAUGAAGAUGAAGAGCAGCUCAGAGAUGAAGAUGAGGAAGAUCCUCCAGCAGAGACUGAAGAGCAGAAGACAGAAGCUCAGGAGGCUGCUAGAGUUGAGCUGCCAUACACAUUCACAGGUACACACACACACCUGGUCCUGCUGAAGAUCACGGCUCUGCUGUUUCCCACGUCAGACUUCAGGCAUCCAGUGACGACUCCAGCGUUCCUCUACAUCAGCCAGACCCUCACCAAGUGUGCGGUGGUCUCUCUGGAGGAUGUGUGUAAGGGUUUAAUCCUCUGCUGUUUGGCGCUGGAGUUCGUCUCUCUCUCUCAGAGGUUUUUCCCAGAACUGAUCAACUUCCUGCUGGGGCUCCUCAACCUGGCGGUCCCCGACAAGACCAGCACAGGUUAUACAGUGGUGAGUCCGUUUAGAGCGCGGGGGAAGAACUGUGAUCUGCUGCUGCUGACGGAUACAGACGCGUCUCACAGCUGGAGGAGGAAACCAUUAUCACUGCAUACAACACACACCAGUGCAGAGGACAGAGACCACUGCAGGCUGUCAGUCAUCGACUCGUGUCUGGAUCUGCUGAAGCAGGAUCUUCACAGAGAGGUUUUGGACGCCAUUCCGGAUCAGCCUUCCCAGCAUGCACCUCUAGUGUUCAAGAAGAAGAAGCCCAUCCCUCUGAAGCUCUUCACACCCAAGAUCGUGCAGAGGGACACUGAGAGGAAGAGGAAGGUGAAGGAGCUGUACGGCAGUCUGGCCACACAGGAAGGAGAAUGGAAGGCCCUCAAGAGGAACAAGAGGAAGUGACAUCACAGCCACAAACUGCUUUAAAGGCGCAAUUCACACAGAAAUGAAAACGUCAGACCUGUUGAAGUGUUUUGUUGAACACAGGGAGAUAUUCUGAAGAAAACAGACAGGAUUUGUGUUCCUGCUAUAGACGUCAGUGGCUGCUGGUUUAUCUUGUGUUCAUCAGAAAUCCUCCUCUACAGCCGCUGGAGUGAGUAAAUGAUGAGGAUGUGUGUGUGAGCUGUGCUUUAAUGAUGAUCUGCACAUUUAUUCUCAGUGGAAUGUUUUAUAUGUGACUCUUCAGAGAAAUAAACCACGUCUAAUGAC